AUACGCAAUUGUCAGUGCCGCGCCGACCGCCGCGCCGAGCGAACGUCAAGAGUUGUUAUUCUCGCAUGUCCGUCCGUCGCAACUUGCCUCUUGUUGCGAAUUGGAAUCUUUCCGGAGAACAACAAACCUUGUAUACGAACGUGGCGAAAGAGCGGAGAAAUAAAAAAAGGAGAAACCGAUCAACGUUUCGUUAAUGAAGAACAUAAACAGAGAAUAACGUGUGUGAUGAUCGAAUAGUGCGAAAAAAGUGACCGCGCAUACGUAUGUAUGUAGGACAACUUAUUUGUCUCUUUUACAUUUAUUAUAGUGAACACAAAAAGAAAAUCGAACUUGUAGAAAGUUUCGAGAUUGAAUAAAAGGCAAAAGGUGGACUCGCGUGUUCAUAUUCUCGAAGUUUAGAGGAUACAGAUUCGCGCCGUGCAGUCUCAUACCUGAUCGAUGCAAAAACGCGGCCUUGCCCGUGGAUCUUUAAUGCCGCGCCAUCGUCGCGCCACUGGCUCCUUUCGUAUUCGCAUUCACGGUAGCAAACACAGCGACGAUAAAGUAUCUCUGGGAUAUAAACAACCAGACACGUAAUCGGUGAACCAUCGGCGCGAGUGGGAUGCAGCGACUUUAAUUCGCGCAUGAGAGAGCACCAUCGAUCUACGCUGCAGCUGCGCUUGAAAAGAGGCGCAAGGGCGCUUCUCUCGAGAUUCAUUUCCCGUCUCCUGACGAAGAAAUGAGAAGGUCACAAUGCUGAGACCCGGAUCCUUAGUAGGCCUGCUGGUCCUCGUGGCCAUGCUGAAGAUCGCAGGCUCGAAUCGCUGUCUGACGACAUUGGAAGAAGUUAAUCCAAAGAGGGUGAUUCAUCAUGAAGGUCGCUUCUUGAACAUUCAAUUCGAAGUAUCGAGAAGAGUCACCCAGAGGUUAACGUCAGAAAUUAUGAAAAUCUUCUUGACCGAAGUAAUGGGUUACAGUGAUAUUGGUAUUAUCGAUAAGGAUGACAAAUUCAAUGCAUCGGAGGUCUUCGAGAGGCUAUCCGAGAAGCCGACGUACAACGAACACAGAAUUGUUCCAACGACGAUGGUGAACAUGGAAGUGUGGAUUCCGCCGCAGCAGGACACGUCGCCGCUGUUGAGUAAAUACAACGUGAAGGAAUGUGGUUCGAUUGCGCCACCGGGUUACUUCGGUUGGUUCGUUCCGGAAGCGUUAGCCCGACCCGACGAAAGCUGGUCGGUCUUCUCCAGAUUAGAGACCGCCAGCAGAUACGCCGUCGACGAGGCGUAUUUAUCGAUUAUUAAGAAUUCUACAAUAAAUCCGGAUACUAGAGAUUACUACUGCCACGAAAUCUUUUGCCAACAUGGGAUGUACGUCCCAGAUCAAUGCCAAAGUCAAGGACAGCAGAGGACGCCGAAAUGCGCGAUGCUUCUGGCCGAAUAUCCGGAUGUCACGUUAUUCGUAAAAGAACACAUCGAUCAGAUGAAGCUCUACGUCACGGUGGCGUGGGUGGGUCCGAAUCUUAGAUACCUGACCAAGAACUUGACUAGGGAGUACAUGCAAUUCGGGUGGAACUCAUCGGCUUCUAUUGAGAAUAGAUCGUUGGUGAUUUUACAUUAUUCGCCCAGCAGCGUGAUCCCGAAUGAGAGGGAAUUUACAAUGAUCAAUUUUCCACGUUGCGGAGGAGGACAAAAGGGUUCGAUUGGCUGCGCCUACGAAUCGAACAGACUAACGAAGCUAGUGUGGGAUAGAUUGGAAUUGAUCGCGAAGAUCGCUUUCGAGACGAUUAGUCGCGCGAAGUUCAGUCGAGAGAUGUACGAGAAUCUGAUCUUGCGACGUACACGGAUAGCGAGUAACGUCUCGGACGAACAGAUCGCUUGCGACUGGUUGAGAGAGAAUCUGAAUUAUACCCUAACGGAAUGGAAGCCCAAUAGCGACAAUAAGAACACUUUAUAUGUCGGUGGAAUAUUUCCUAUAGGUGGCAACUCAUACAUGGCCAAAUCGAUCGUGAUCGCCGCUAAGAUGGCAAAAGAAGUUAUCAACCUUAAUAACACUCUGCUGAGGGAUUACAAUCUGACUUUAUUGGCCAACGAUGGCCAAUGUAAGUCGGAUAUGGUAAUGAAGUCCUUUAUCGAUUAUAUCGUACACAAUCAUUAUAAGAGGCUGGUCGGCGUAUUAGGACCGGCUUGCUCGGAAACCGUGGAGCCAUUGGUCGGAGUGUCAAAGCAUUACAAAACGGUGAUUAUCAGCUAUAGCGCCGAAGGAUCCAGUUUCGACGAUCGCAACAAAUAUCCGUACUUCUUCAGGACUAUCGGUGAAAAUAGGCAAUACAAAUACGUCUACCUGCAGCUUUUGCAGAGUCUAGGUUGGCAUCGAGUGGCCUCAUUGACGGAGGAUGGACAAAAGUACACCGAGUAUAUAUCGUAUAUGCAGGACAUGCUCAGAGAUAACGGCAUCGUCUUUGUGGCGAAUGUCAAGUUUCCAAGAGAACGAGAAGCCGACGUGAUGACGAAUUAUUUACAAGAUUUGAAAGAAAAGCGAGCAAGAAUCAUUAUCGCAGAUGUGUAUGAUGAGGUAGCUCGUCAGGUCAUGUGCCAAGCAUAUAAAUUGGAGAUGACAGCUAUUCAGGGCUACGUCUGGUUUCUUCCGCUUUGGCUUCAGCAACAAUGGUAUGACACCGAUUAUUACAAUCAAGAGGGCGAAAAAGUACCUUGUACCACGAACGAGAUGAUGAAGGCCAUAAAUGGACAUCUUGGUCUGUCACACGCGUACUUUGCUCGCGAUGACGACAUAAUGCAGGAGGGAAUCACAGUGCGCGAGUGGCGCGACCGUUAUGAGGAUAUUUGUCGAAAGCAGAAUCAUCAACCUUCUAAUUAUGCCGGCUACGCCUACGAUGCUAUGUGGACUUACGCUUACGCUACGGAUCGCCUUAUCCGUGAGAAUGAGAGUUACGUCUUCGAUCUUCACAGCAAUCACUCGGUCAAUCGUCUCACGACCAUCAUCGGCGAGACCGAUUUUAACGGGGUAUCGGGAAGAAUACAAUUUCUAGGAGGACCAUCGAGAUACUCAGUUAUUAAUAUCGUACAGUUUAUCGAUAAUGAGACGCACAUUGUUGGUAAUUUUUAUCCGAAUGCCUCGGAAGCCAGGCACGAAGUAAUCGGCGGUACGUUGGAUUUAAAUACAUCGGCUUUUGUUUGGCUGUCGGAAACGAUGCCCGACGAUGGUUCAGAGCCUCCGCCGAGAUGUGUUUUGGCAGGAUUGGCAGAGCUGCUGGAUGUAUCUUGCGAAGUAGCGAUAGUGGUCGCUAAUAUUAUCGGCUUCAGCUUGCUGGGAGCAAUUCUAAUCAUUGGUUUUGUCAUGAUUAAACGAAAAUAUGACGAAAAAGUACGACAACACGAAAAGUAUAUGAAGUCCUUGGGUAUCGAUCUGUCACAAACAGAUACUUCUAGUUUGGAUGUAUGGGAAAUCCCUCGAGAUAGAGUUGUGAUUAAUCGAAAACUUGGAGAGGGAGCUUUCGGUACCGUUUAUGGUGGCGAAGCCUUCUUCCCUGACAAGGGCUGGCUAGCUGUUGCUGUAAAGACUUUAAAAGUCGGCAGUUCGACCGACGAGAAACUUGACUUUUUGAGUGAGGUCGAGGUCAUGAAGAGAUUCGAGCAUAAGAACAUAAUCAAAUUAUUAGGUGUGUGCAUAAAGUGCGAACCCGUGUUAACUGUGAUGGAAUUUAUGCUCUACGGCGACUUGAAGACCUAUCUGUUGGCCAGAAGACAUUUGGUUAACGAUGGGAGUUAUGAAGAUUCUGACGAGAUCUCGAAUAAAAAAUUAACCGCUAUGGCCUUAGAUGUCGCUAGAGCGCUCAGUUAUUUAGCACAAUUAAAAUAUGUUCACCGAGAUGUCGCGUCUCGUAAUUGUCUAGUGAACGCUCAGCGGGUGGUGAAACUCGGAGACUUCGGUAUGACGAGGCCAAUGUAUGAGAACGACUAUUACAAAUUUAAUCGGAAGGGCAUGCUACCAGUAAGAUGGAUGUCACCAGAGUCGCUGGCACUAGGUAUCUUCACGCCAGCAUCCGAUGUCUGGUCUUACGGCGUAUUGCUCUAUGAAAUUGUUACAUUCGGCAGUUUCCCUUUUCAAGGGAUGAGCAACAACGAAGUACUCUCACAUGUGAAGGCUGGGAACUGUCUUACCGUGCCGAAGAAAGUGAGACUGCAGCUUGAGAGUUUAAUGUAUUCCUGUUGGCACGUGGACCAUAUGAAGAGACCAUCGGCACCGGAGAUUGUUGACUUUCUGGCGACAAAUCCUCGCAUCAUCGCACCGUGCCUGGAUGUACCUUUGUCGAGUGUUCAACUGGAGCACACCGCGCAACUUGACAUACAGUUAUCGGAGAACAAUCGAAAGUUCUCAAUUUCGUGGCCAUCGCAGCGUUCAAUCGCGCAAACUCAAGAAUCCAAAUCCCCGAACUCACCAACGCCGCUUCUAUUAGACUUGAAUAGUGGCCAGGAUGAUGAUCAGACUUUGGACUCUUUGCUGAUUGGCAUAUCCGAACAAGACAGUUCUAGCCCUUUGUUGGAUUCUACGAGAGCCUCGAUUUUGAAGCAAAUGUGGCUCCAAGAGAAUCCCAACGACAGCGAGGCUCACAGAUAUGUCAAUCUUCAACCAGGUAUGCUAAAAUUAACUUGCGAACCAGGUAGAAACGGUAGCACUGGGAACAUACAGAUGAACGAAAGAACAUCUAUGUUGUCCGAGAAGAAAAGCACCGAUAACGUAUCAGUGCUCUGACAUAAAUGAGAUGAUUUUGUGAAAAACAUUGAGAACUAGUCAGAGAUGCCUCGAAGCAUACGGUGUUCUACUAAUAAGAAAUAACAAGUACAAACUCAAUAUCAGAAUCAAGAGUAUGUGAUGAAUGUCCUGGAAAGCAAGGAAUUAACACGAAUGAUUUCAAGGUAUUUGUAUUUAUCGGCGAAUGUAAUUGCCCAGGUCAUACCAAAGGAUUUUUUUAAGCCCGGAGAUCGGCUCUCUGGUACGGCAUUUUAAUUAACCAGUUAAAUAUUCUUUAAAUUUUUUAACGCUGGAGAAAUUAUGUUGAUUUAAAUGGUUAUAAUAGCAAUGAAACGUUUGACUCUCAUCAAAAGAAUUCCUAGUGCGUUUGGGGAUACGUUAAUCUCGAAAUGUGCAUACUCUCGUAUAGCAAAAUCCUGUCUUGAAUCAAUCAAAACUCAUUGGACGACGAGGCCAAAUUGAAAUACCAAUGGUCGAUAAAUUUCUUUGAAGAUAAGAUUUUUUUAACAUAUGUGUCUUUUUAUGACAUUUUAAAUAGCACAUCUAAAUUAUUGUUCAAUGUAUAUAUAUAUAUAUAUAUAUAUAUAUAUAUAUAUAUAUAUAUAUAUAUGAGAAUAAUAUGAAACAUAUAUAAUAAUCGAGACAGCUAGCUAUCGACGGUGAAACUAAAUGACCGGAUUCAGUUUUGAGACUGACCUUUAUUGCGAAAUUUAAUUGUAUCAUUUGAUCGGUUGGUAGAUGACCGAUACUAUUCAUCAUUGCAGACAAAUAACUAAAAGGUAAAAAAAGUAAAGAAUGACUUCUCGUAGAAAUAUGUGUUUAGCGAAACCUAAGAGACGAUCGACAUCAAUGUAUCCAUCAUCCAGCAGUUAUGUCGCCUUCUGCUCAAUGCAUCUUUAAGACUGAUUCUCCGAGAUGCAAGGGACGCAUCGUAUCGUUCUUUAUCCUUUGUUUUUUAUUUUUUGUCGAGUAAUAUAGUUUGUUGGAGAAGAAGCUAGCGCAUUUGACUAUAUAAAUGAGAUCCGGUAUAUUUGCGACAUUUGCGUAACCAUGACAUUUUUUUCUCGCUUGUUACACCCCAGAUAGCCAAAUGCAGUGAGUUUGCUGUCAUGUUGCUAGCAAUCGUUAGCAAUUAAUUUUAACAAACUUAAAACAAGGUGAGACAGCAUUAUGUCUGUCGGGUUGAAUUCACUUGAAUUUUAAUUUCAAUAACGGCAAAUUGAUUGCAACGUGUCAACAUCAAUUUCAUAUUGUCAACAUUUUAUUAGCAACAAGCUACAAUUAAGAAAUUUCACAGCUUGAAGAUAUACAAAUGGAAAUUAUUAUAUAUGUAUUGUUGCCGUCAUGUUUUUAUUAUGAUGCUCAAGCUAGAAUGAUGAAUGAUUUUUAUUGCUGUCAUAUUACUGACAUGUUGCAGACAACAUAACGUAUUAGUAUUGCAAACUGUUUGCUUUUAAAAUUUUGUAAUUUGCAUUUAAGCAGUCAUGUAGCUGCAUGCGUAACGUGUUUUACUUCGAUGUCAGCAAAUGUAGAGCAAAUAUGUAACAACAUAUGCAUUAGUUUGCUCAAUAUGCUACAUCACGCUUGGCUAUCUGGGACUUAACAGAUCAGUGAACAAUUCUUCCCUGCUUUUUAAUAUCUCCUUCGCGAAUGCGAUUAUACGUUUGUCGAUCACAUGUCACCACUGCGUUCUCGCCAACACAUCACAUAGGUUAAUUAAUGUUGUAAGAUUAAUUACCGGCUGGCUGCGUACUCGAUCGUCAGGUGUAAUUAUUUAUUAAUGUAUAUAUAUGUAUAACGAGUGGAUUUUUUGCGAAAGAUUUUUAUAUUGAAUUUGUUUCUCGUUAAGGGUCUACUUGAUAGCAUUCUUGUAUAAAGUAUAGUAUCGUUAGAUGAUAGAUAUAGCACACGUCAUAUUUUGUAUAAAUAAAUUCGCAUAAUAUUUAACCCUUUUCCGGCAUCAUAGUCGACAGUUCCUUGAGAAUUGCUUCUUUUAUGUUCCUGCAUUUUCGAAUGAAUGAUAGAUAGAACUGUACGUAAAAUAUAUGAGCCCCUUGUUUUUAAAGUGACGAUUAAAGAAUUUUUCGAAUCUAUUCACACCGCUUUCGAAAUAAGUGACUUGUAUGUAAAAUAGAACGUGCCAUUCGUUAAGUCGCAAAUGCAAAGAAUCAUGCAACCGCAGUUACUAUACUUGAGUAUAAUUUAAAGAAUUGUUAUCAUAGGAUUAUAAAAUAUAUGCUGGAAAGGGUUAAAUCUCAGCAUCUGCUGUUCAUUAUGACUGAAUAUAGCUGUAAUUAAGAAUUCACUGAAAAUGUUUGCGUAGAGCAUCAAAGACUCCGAUAGAAAAAGUAUUUUUAAUUCUCGAUUCCAAUUCAUAACUGCACAUUCGGCGACGUUGUAAAUUGUAAGAAACGUGCGUGUCUUCAAUUAUACUAUUACAUAUUGUAUGCGCAAUAUUAUACUACGUUCUUUGCAUCAUGAAAGGCAGUAUAGAUGAUAUUUAUUUAUAUAAGCAUCACUAUCUGACAAUCUUUCUAAGACUUAUUUCAUUAUAGUUAUAAUUUUUUAAUACGUAAAUAUUUGAAAAAGCUCAAAGAAAAAGAUAGAUACAUAAAAACCUAUGUAGAGAUAA